AUGGCCGAUGAUGGAAUGUUGAUGAACUUCACCAUUGGUGACAGUGUCAUCAAGCCCGAAGCGAAGUUUAAAGGAGGAACAUGGCGAGACAGAUUGAUCGCAAAGAAGCGCUCAGCCCACCGAGGAGACCCCAACAAAGCACCCGGUGAUGCCUCUGCCCGCAACGUAUCAUCCAAGAACCCGAACCAGAUCGAACUCGGUACCCGGCCGGUGAAACGACAAAAGACCGACGACUCAUUCAACCGCCCCAGUGCUCCGCGCGCUGGUGGUGACCGCCGGCCGCAGCACCCGCGGGACCCGACCCAAUUCGUCUCCUCGCUUUUCAGUAGCAAUCCCGAACCGCGCAAUGCUCAAGAACCCAAGGAAGAAAGAGAGACGGAAGACUCGAAACCAACCAAUGCGCCGCUGAUUGACGGGCUGGAUACUUUCACAAACCUAGGAUUAUCUCCUAACCUGGCGGCGCAUCUGCUCACGAAACUGGAGCUCAAGGCGCCGACGGCUAUUCAGAAAAGCUCCAUCUCACAAUUGCUUAAGGAGGAGAGUGAUGCGUUCAUUCAGGCUGAGACUGGCUCCGGAAAGACGUUGGCUUAUCUUCUGCCGCUUGUGCAGCGAAUCAUGGAUCUUUCAAAAGCAAAGACCGAACAUACCGAUACCCAGGUCCACCGAGACAGUGGAUUGUUUGCCAUUAUCUUGGCACCUACUCGUGAACUGUGCAAGCAGAUUUCCGUUGUGUUGGAGAAUAUCCUGCGCUGUGCGAACUGGCUUGUGUGUGGAACGGUCAUUGGCGGAGAAAAGAAAAAAUCGGAGAAGGCACGAUUGAGGAAAGGAUUGAAUAUUCUUGUCGCGACGCCUGGUCGAUUGGUAGAUCAUCUCGACAAUACGGAAGCCCUGGACGUUAGCAAUGUGCGAUGGCUCGUGCUUGACGAGGGUGAUCGCUUGAUGGACAUGGGCUUUGAGGAGGAAUUGCAGGGAAUUGUGAAGAAACUCGAUGCUAGACAACGGCCCAGUCGCGUUCCAGGUGUUCCUACUCGCAGGACGACAGUCCUGUGCUCUGCUACGCUAAAGAUGAAUGUCCAAAAGCUGGGUGAAAUCAGUUUGAAGGACGCGGUACACAUCAAGGCUGAUCCGGCUGACAAUGAUGAGGAGAAGAAGGAUAAGGACGAGGAAGAAGGAUUCCGCGUUCCGGCACAACUCAAGCAAUCCUAUGCCAUUGUCCCUGCCAAGCUACGUCUGGUCUCAUUAACGGCCUACUUGAAGAGAACGUUUAUGCGCAAGGGAUCAGUGAUGAAGGCAAUUGUUUUCAUGUCUUGCGCCGACGUGGUCGAUUUCCAUUUCGAACUAUUCGCAAGGAAUCAAGACCGCGAGCAACAAAAGAAGGAUGAUGAAGAGGAAGGAGAAGAAAACAAGAAAGACGACGAAAGAGAAAAACUAUCACCCCAUGGUACCAUUGCUCCCGGCAGAGCGUUUUCCACGCCGAACAAUCCAGUCAUCUUGCAUCGGCUGCACGGCUCUCUUCCCCAAAAUGUUCGAACAGCCACCCUCGGGUCUUUCUCUCGCAGUACUGAAGCGUGCGUCAUGAUCUGUACUGAUGUCGCUUCGCGUGGUCUGGAUCUGCCCAACGUCGACUUGGUUGUUGAGUACGACCCAGCCUUCAGCUCCGACGACCACACUCACCGCAUUGGUCGCACAGCCCGUGUAGGCCGGGACGGACGUGCCCUCGUCUUCCUCCAGCCCGGUUGCGAGGAGAACUAUGUCGAAAUUCUCAAGCGCGGCUACCGCGAUGGAGGCAAGGCGCUCACCCGCACCGAUGCAAACGAGAUUCUCCGACGCGGUUUCGGUGGAAACGAGACCGGAAAGAAGAACUGGGAAGAGAAGACGACCGAUUGGCAAAUGGAUGUCGAACGUUGGGCCCUUGGUAACCCGGAAUAUCUCGAGAUGGCUCGACGAGCCUUCCAAUCUCAUGUGCGUGCCUAUGCAACCCACAUCGCAAGUGAACGGAGCAUCUUCGAUAUCAAGGAACUCCACUUGGGUCAUCUUGCCAAGAGUUUCGCCCUGCGUGAUCGACCCGGUAAAAUCAACGUCCCUGGUCUGCGCCCCGGACAAGAAGACACCAAGAAAGACUUCAAGGCUUCUCGCAGCGGUGCUGCGGGCAAUAAGAGAAAGGCCGAUGACGCUCCUUCCACGAAUGCGAAUGCGGACGAGGCUGCUCGCAAGAUGAGAGCCAAGAUGAGAGAGCAUAUGUCUGGAGCCAACGAGUUCAAUUUGGCUUGA